AUGAAUGCACAUAUAUGUACAUAUCUCCUAUUAGAGGACAAUGCAGAGAGUGAUCUGCCAAUCAUAGCUGAGCUUGAACGUCAACAAUAUAAAUGUGAUAUACCCGUCUUGGAUUGUCCCUCAGUUGAGAACUUUCGCAAAAUAUGUUUCAGUUCCGAGCAACCAGCGCUGCUGCUCAACACAAUUGCACAUUGGCCUGCUAUGCAUAAAUGGCGGGAUCUUAACUAUCUACAUAAACUAGCCGGUAAUCGAACAGUGCCAAUUGAAAUCGGUGCCAACUACACGACAGAUGAAUGGUCACAGCAGCUAGUCAAAAUACGCGAUUUCCUGCGCAGACAAUUUGUGCAAGACAACACACAAAUCGAAUAUUUGGCACAACAUGAACUGUUCGAUCAAAUACCGGCACUUAGAACAGACAUACGCAUACCCGACUACUGUAUUUUGCACUCCAUCGAUAAUAGCUCCGAUCCUGAAAAGGUUUCAAUUAAAGCUUGGUUGGGACCUAAAAAUACCAUAUCACCACUGCAUUAUGAUCCCGAACACAACUUGCUCUGUCAAGUGUUUGGCCGAAAGCAGGUCAUAUUAGCAGCACCGACUGAUACUGCAAAGUUGUAUCCUCAUGAUUCCGAAAUGCUUUGUAAUACCUCACAAUUGGAUGCAACUCGGUUGGACUUAGAGCGAUUUCCGUUAGCAGCAGAGGUUGCUUUUUAUAAUGUAACUUUACAGGCAGGCGAUUGCCUUUACAUACCACCAAAGUGGUGGCAUUAUGUACGUGCCGAGAGUGAAAGUUUCUCUGUAAGCUUUUGGUGGUCAUAAUUUUGUAUAAAUAUGUUAAAUUGGAAUGUGAUUAAACAACAAAUGCUGAAUAAGUUCAAUAUUUUGAAUAUCAAUGUUGAGAAGUCAUAUAAUGACUUUGUCUGUGCAAUGAUAACGGUAUAUGAUCGUUAUCACAUAACCUAGUGCGCUUAAAAUAUUUUAAUUGUGACUCGGCGCAUUGGUAGCCCUUGGACAGCG